UCUCCGGCAUCUUGGCCGCUCUGCGUGGAUGCGCUUGUGAGUGACGCGUACAGCCUUGGCUCCAGGAACUUCUCCAGCGGCAAUUUUGAAGAGAGAUUCCUGGGGACUGAAAAUUUCCUAACAAAGGAAAGGAAGGGAGCGAUCCCUUCGGUCUACGUCAUCAGAGCGCACCGGAAGUGGACCAACCAUGACGAGUAUGAUCUACCGUGCCCUUUCUCAGAAAGAAGCUGGAGAGCAUGCUGUGCAGCAGCAGCCGGGAGCGCAGCGGGCACAGGCCUUUGUGAAGGCCUUUUUGAAGCGCAGUGUCCCCCACAUACGGCAGCAGCUCUGCGAGGAUGAGCUGCAGCGCAAGGCUGUGGUCCUCGAGUAUUUCACUCGCCGGAAGCGAAGAGAGAAGAGGAAGAAAUCCAAAGGCCUCUCCGCCAGGCAGAGGCGGAGCCUGCGGCUGUUCGACAUUAAACGGGAGCAGCAGAGGUAUGACCUUUUUCUCCCUCUGCAUGAGCUCUGGAAACAGUACAUCCGGGACCUGUGCCAUGGUCUGAGGCCAGAUACGCAGCCACAGAUGAUUCAGGCCAAGUUGCUCAAGGCCGAUCUGCAUGGUGCUAUCAUUUCAGUCACCAAGUCCAAGUGCCCCUCAUAUGUGGGCGUGACGGGCAUCCUCCUACAGGAGACGAAGCACGUGUUCAGGAUUAUCACCAGAGAGGACCAGCUGAAAGUGAUCCCCAAGCUAAACUGUGUGUUCAUAGUAGAAAUUGACGGCUUUAUUUCCUACAUUUAUGGGAGCAAAUUUCAGCUGCGGUCAAGUGAGCGGUCUGCCAAGAAGUUCAAGGCCAAGGGAAGCAUUGACCUGUGAGCCUGGAGGCAGCUAGGAGCCAGGAACCCCACUGCCCCACGCUUUCCAUGAAGAGAUGGGGUUACAGACCUCCUCACCUAUUGCCACCCUGCCAGGGACCAGCGAGGGGGAGGGGUGCAGAAGGAAGCACAACCUGACAUUUCUGGGUGACUUUAUUUUCUAGGACAGGCAGAAACCACAAUAACGCACCCUGGCUGACAUGUUUAUCAUGCAAUAAUAAAUAUACUCAUAGGCAUAAA